AUGGUGUACUCCACCUUCUCCAGCCUGAGGCUGAAUCUCACCGUAUUUGAUUGUGGAUCAAAAUCUCAAAAAUCCAAAGCUGAUAAGAAGUACCUGGGUGUCCGAGUGAAAAUGCCGGUCAGAGAUAUGCUCAGGAAUAUCCGCAUAGCCAAAGGCAUGGACCCCAAAGAUCUGCAGAAAGACAACAUGGGAUCGAAAGGGGAUAAAAAACGAGUCAACAUGAGUAGUGAUCGGAGGAACAGGCUGAAAAAGUGGCAAACAAAGAGCUUGGAAGAGCUUGCUAUUAUCGUUGAGGUGCUGGAGGAAGAUCUUAAAACCAGUACAACCCGACAGCCAAGCAAGCACCCGUCAUCCAACUCCUUCCCAGAGCUUGGAAAUAAGUUCUGGUGUAAGAACGUAACUCAUCAUGAGCAGAUAAAUGAAUCCCCUUCACCUCCAAGCUGCUGUUCAGCCAUUAAAAAUUCCCCAACUCAGUCCAUGGAAAUCUACGACUACCUGCCGUGUUCUGUUUAUAGCCAGGCUACCUCUCCCUACUCAGACAUUCAGGACGGUUAUAGCAGUGGUGAGCCAGAUUACUAUACAGACAGGAGCUAUGAUGAAAUGACUUGCUCUCCUAGUCCCAGCGAAUGGCAGGCCCAGUCCCCAGAUCGCUCAUAUUAUUACAACCCUAAGAUGGACCACUGGUGGAGUUCAACACCAAAAAUAAAAAGUCAGACAUACGCCUGCUCAGUGCAAGAGGGGUGGGACAGCACAACAUACUUCUGGACCCAAAUGGAAAGAGAAGAGCAUCUUCUGAACAGUAUCUCUGACCAAGAGUUUCUGGCUGUUGAUGAGAAUGGUAGAAUACUCCUACACAGAGCCGUCAAUGAGGGAAAAAGAGCUCUUGUAUAUGUGAUAGCCAAAAGAAUGGCGGAUCUAAAGAAACUGGAUAGCAAAGAUAAAGAGGGAAAGACUGCUCUUCACUUAGCUGCAGAGAAAAAUCAGCACCUCAUGGUUGCAGAUUUAAUUGCCCUCGGUGCAAACAUCAAUGAAAGAACUAACUAUAGAAAGACAUGCCUCCAUCUCAGUGCAGAAAAUGGAUACAUCAGGGUUUUAGAGGUGCUGAAAAGCUACAUGAAAAGUGGAACAUACAUUGAUUUAGAAGCCAGAGAUUACAAUGGGCUCAGUGCACUGCAGGUUGCAUCAUUAGCUUUGAAGAGCACAGUAGGGGAACUGAAGAGAAGCGUAACUGUGGGCCAGGCCAGACUGCAUUCUCUACGUAAAGAGCAGAUGAUGGAAACCCUGAAGUGCCUCCUGCAGAUGGAAUGCAACCUGCAGAGCCUGGUGAGGCACGACACUUGGUCAUGUGAUGAAAUCAAAGGUCCUCCUCCCAAGAAAGGAGAAGAGAAAGGAGAAGAGAAAGGAGAAGAGAAAGGAGAAGAGAAAGGAGAAGAGAAAGGAGAAGAGAAAGGAGAAGAGAAGGGAGAAAUGAAGGGAGAGGAGAAAGGAGGAGAAAGGAGGAGAAAGGAGAAGUGA